GCGACGAAGACACCCAGUCCAGCCGCCGCAAACGUUCUGGCUAACUUCUCUACUCGACGGCGGCAGCGCAGUUACGAUAUCAACGACAUCUGUCGCGUCUUACCUCCUAAACCCCUGACAUCAAGGUCGCGUAACGUUCGCCAGGAUAACGUAGUCAUACCUUCGCAAAGCGCUCUUCCAUGGAUGCCAGCCAUUCACUGAGUAGCGAUUGGAGGGGCGAGGAUCAUGAUAUGGAGAUGGAUGUCGUUCAAUGGGUGCCGUCGCAGAGUCGCAACCCUGCCCUGGUGGCCCUGAUGGCGGAGAGCAACAGGCCUCCCCAGCCUUCUGGUAGCAACCUCCUUUCUCUCUCAAGCUCUUCCGCGUCUUCAAGAGACCAUGCCACAUAUCAACGUCAGCGACCGCGCCUUCGCAAGCCGCGACGUCCGCCUUCUCCGAGUCCGACCGUAGAGGCCCAGAAAGAGUUCUUCCUGGACUUGGUACGCAAGGUCUCAUACCAGAUGGACGAGAACGCGCGCAAGAAACUCGCUUAUCGGCGAGCCCACUCCGCCACCAACGUCGAUAACACGGUUACCUCAGGCCCAAGGGGCGAAACCUCCUCUUACGCGUCCUCCUCGAAUGCAUGCUCGUCAAAACCUUCCAACCCGCCCCGUGCUCCGUUGUUACGCUCCGACUCUGUCUCGUCGACGCACAGUACUACCACCGCUCGCUCUUCUCACAACCUUUCGUCUGCAAGAGCUGGUAAAUCCACGUUUGCGAGACACGCGUCCCUUCCUGAGCCCGCGUUCGCCGACAAAACUGCUGCUGGGCCUUCUGCGAAGGCUAGAGCAAAGGCACCCGCCCCUAUUCCGGAAUCGCCAUUGCCCUGGGAUAAGGUGUUUGAUGAGGCGGAUGUUAGUAUGAUAGUAGAGGACGACGAGCUGGAUGAGAUGGACAUCUCCCCCAACAAGCAGGUACCCUGUCGUGAUGCAUCGAUGGGCACCUCGACACCGGGCCAGGCCAGCUCGAAGAUGCCCGUGUCUACGCAGAAGAUCCUAGACGAUAUACCCUCGCCCGAACCGUGUCCUCCGGCCAAGAUGCGUGGGAGACCUCAACCCCAGCCUCAGCCCCGCAUUCAGGCCCAGACUCGCCAUCGACAGCAGCUUCCGAUUCCAUCUCAGUCGCGACUUGUGGUCCAGCCUCAAAAAUACUCUACGCCGUCACCUGCCCACCAGCCUCACAGGCGCCAAGUGUCUGCACCCACGCCUGCACCUGCGCCCCAACCUCGUCGCGCUCCCGUCCUUGGGAUGCGGCGGCCUGCGAUGCCACCCUCCACUCAAGCGCCGACGGCAUCUCAGCAGCGCAAAUUCGUUCCUCUGUUCAAGCCGCCACUCGGAGGCACCACGAACGCAAAUGCGAGCGCGAAGAUGGAUACAAACUUAAGACGUCAGCCCUCGGUGGUCAUCAACACCAAUACCAACACCAAGGUGAAGGCAUGCCAGCGCUCGACGAGCAACUCCACCGCCACGACAGCGAGCAGUAGCGCGGCGUGGUCUCCUACUAGAUCUCACAGCCCUGAAUCGGCAUGGUCAACUCCAGCGUCGACGCCUCCUGACCCGCAGCCUGCAAAGAAUUCAACCACCGGAACGAAGGUGCAGCCUAGCGAAUUGGAUGAAAACCCCGACGCAGACUCGAGCUACGGCGAGAUGUCGUUCGACAUCGACGAGCUCGAGGCGACGCUGAGGCAAUAUGACUGAUGGUCGAUGAUGAGUUAUUGACCUCAUUCUUGUUCGCUCCCUUCCAACGACUAUAUUCUCGACCCACGUUU